AUGGAAUCCUUUUCUGCUCUGGCUCUAAUAGGAGGAAUUCUAGUUGCUUUUGUAUUAGUGGUUUUAAUUGCAAUUUAUCUUGAUUCCUUCAAGGUAGAGAUUCCUCCUGAUGUUGACCAGCCAGCAAAGCUCCGCUUGUAUCAUGGGUUGUAUGUUCUGAUGGAAAUUCUGACAAAGAACUUAGACAGUUUGGGAGUCAUUAAGGAGCACAUACUUCUUAGGUUGGUGACUGAUGGACUGCCAGCAUGCAGGGAUUCAAGGCUCUUCAUACAGGAUCUGCAUUUUGAUGAUGUGCCAGUGAGGGUCUACCUCCCAAGAGGGCCAUCUGCAAGCAAACGAAGAGGAGUCAUCUUCUUCCAUGGAGGAUGCGGGUUGUUUGGAAGCAUCAGAACUUAUGAAAGACCCUGCCGGUACAUAGCCAGAAAAUCUGAUUCAGUGGUUGUGUCUGUUGGGUACCGUUUGUCUCCUGAGCACAAGUAUCCAGCCCAGUUUCUGGACUGUCUCGCUGCUACUCUCCACUUUUUGAAGACUGCAGAAAACUAUGGGGUGGAUCCUGAUAGGAUUAUUGUUUGUGGGGAUAGUGCAGGGGGCACUUACGCUACUGGGAUUUGCCAAGAACUGGUGAAUAGAAGAGAUAUCCCAAAGAUACGUGCCCAGGUACUGAUCUAUCCAUUUCUCCAAUCACUGAACUUCAAUCUGCCAUCUCACCAGAAAAAUGCUUUCCUUGCCUUCCUUUCCCGGGACCGUGGGAUGCGUUUUGUUCUGAAAUACUUGCAAAAGGACACCUCGAUGAAGGUGGCUAUUUUGGCAGGUUCUCAUGUUCCUGAGAGUAUGAAUCGGAAAUACAGGAAAUGGAUAAAUCCAGAUCUUAUCCCAGAGGAAUUUAGACCGGGCUAUAAACCACCGUUACCCACUCCGUUCUUACCUCAAGUCCACGAAGAAAUAAAAGAAAUGUUUCAGAUAAGAUUCUCCCCGUUAGCAGAAGAUGCUGUUGUUUCCUGCCUACCUGAUACUUGUAUCAUCACCUGUGAGCAUGAUGUGCUCCGAGAUGAUGGGCUGUUGUACAAGAAACGCCUGGAGGACAACAACGUACCAGUGACCUGGCACUACCUGGACAAAGGCUUCCAUGGUGUACUGUCAUCUUUUGGUUUUGGCAUUUUUUCUUUUCCAUCAGCAAGUGAAAUAGUGAACCACACUGUAAACUUUAUAAAAGAUUAUUAAAAUAUUUUCUCAAAGACAGUGAA